GAGCAAGCGCAGGAGCUGGUGGAGCAGGCCAAAGGAGCAGCAGGCAAAGACGCCACCAAACCUCAAAUCGUCCAGCAAAUCGUGCUCAUUCUCGCCAACCUUGUGCCCAGCAUGGCGGGAGACCUCAGGUCGGUCAUCAGCGUGGUCUUCGUCACGGUGAUCAUCUCGAGCACAGCUCCUUGCAUUCAGGCGGCCAUCCUGGCGGGCAAGAGCUACCACAAGGCGGCGAUCGAUUCAAAGGAAAAGGCAAAGGAGGACGACGCGGUGGACACAGCGAAGCUGGGCAGCCCACAUCUACACGUAUGGAAGGAGUUCAUCAAGGCUCUCCUCGCGAGAACAGAGGCCGGCCAGGCGAGAGACACGCUCACCAAGUACUGGACCGAGAAAAUUAUGAAGUACGAGCUCGUGGACGCGGCGAUGGACAUCAAAUACUUCAGGGUGCGGGCGCCGCAGGGCAAAGAGGCCAAGAAGAAGUCCAAGCGCAUGGAGGGCAAGGUACGGCUGCAGUGGGCUCUCUCGACGACGACGAUCGCUCAGGAGCUCGACGGCACCAUUCGCUCGGAUAUCAUCAGGCACGGAGGGGAAAUCCUGGUUGGAGCAGCCCCACGCGGGGCUUUGGAGAGGAACGCGCGAGCGCUCUUGAACAAGCUGGAGCCAAACUAG